CGCGGGAAACCCUUGAUGAUAACAAUUGCCACAACAAUUAGAAAGAGAAAGAUGAUGAUGAUGAUGAUCCUCCUCUGUUUUCUUGUUUCCGACGGCAUGGCAGCCGUCAGAAAUAAUAGCAGCCUUCAUCUUCUUGUUCGCCUUCUCGGCAUCAUCAAUUCCGACUUGGGAGGGACUGCGGCGGCGCUUUCUGUUGUUGUCGGAACGGGGCCGCUUGUUGGACUGGGCGGCGUCGCGGAAGGCGGCCCUGACGUGGUCGAGAUUCUCCGGCCAAGUUUCGAGCUUGCCGUCGGGGGAGAGGACGACGAGGCAGACAUUGAUGCCGCAGAGUAUGGACAGUUCUUUGCCUCCUUUCAGAAGAGUGGAUUUCCUCUUCUCGUACUGCAAUUUCUUGGCCCUCUCCUCCUUAAUUUGUUGCAGCUGCUGCUUCUCGGCCGCCAUUGUUGGAGGAAUGAAUUCGAACUGGCCGCGGCCAAAUCUGGGAUGAUGAGUGUGUGAGCGUGGGGCGUAUCUAUAGCCUUGCGAGUAAAAAAGGGUAUGUCGU